AAACCGUCACCAUGAGUUACGGCACCUGCGAAAAGGUUUCGCUAGAAUGUCCCGUCGAGGCGACCACCUACGGCUACUACCCCAACCUCGGCGGCAACAUUUUCUUCGCGGUCUUCUACGGCAUUCUGGGCGUUUUCCAGCUGGGAUUCGGCAUCUACUUCCGCGCCUGGACGCUGACGAUCGCCAUGGUCAUUGGCACUUUCAUGGAGCUGGCAGGGUAUAUCGGUCGCAUACAGAUGCAUUACAACCCCUGGAACGAGGACGCAUUCAAGUUACAAAUUGUCUGCCUCGUGCUGGCGCCCACCUUCGUCGCCGCGGGCAUCUAUCUCACCCUCAAGCACAUCGUCCUCUCGCUGGGGCCGCAGUACUCGCGCCUCAAACCGCGCCUCUUCACCUGGAUCUUCAUUAGCUGCGACGUCGGGUCCCUCGUCCUCCAGGCGGCCGGAGGUGGUGUCGCCGCCGCGGCCGGCAAGACCGACCAGACCCUCCUGCAGGUCGGAGACGACAUCAUCAUCGCUGGUAUCGCGUUCCAGGUGGCGACCAUGUCAGUGUGUGGGCUGAUCGCGCUGGAGUUUUUCAUUCGGGUCGUUCGGCAUGGGCCUGGCUUGGGCGGUGAUGUCAACGUGGAGGGGGUGAAGCAUAUUCGUCUGGUCAUCUAUGCGGAGAUCUUCGCGUAUUUCACCGUGUUGAUUCGGUGUAUCUAUCGUAUCCCCGAGAUGGCUGGUGGAUGGGGUAAUCCCCUGAUGCAGAAGGAAGACGAGUUCUUGGUGCUGGAUGGAAUGAUGAUCGCAUUGGGAGUGGCCGCCCUUACCGUCGUGUAUCCGGCGUUUUUCCUGCCGUCUAUGCGGAAGGGACGGCAGACGGAGAAGGCAUAGAUGUUUUUGUUUAUUGACAUAUAUACACAUACAGAUAUAGAUACCCUG